AUGUAUGCAUACACCGACUCAAGAAAGCUCGGUGUCACAGGUGCCGUCUUUCUCAUUCUAAACAAGAUGAUUGGCACGGGAAUUUUUUCAGCGCCCUCUGGUAUCUUCGCUGCAACUGGCUCUGUCGGAGUCAUCCCGAUGCUCGGGGUAAUCGGCGGGAUCCUCACAUUUGCUGGGCUAUCGGUCUUUCUCGAGUUUGGUCUGGCAAUCCCUCGUUCUGGAGGCGAAAAGAACUACCUUGAGCGCGUUUACCGGCAUCCUAAAUACGCCGCAACCUCUGUCCUUGCUUCACAAAUGAUCCUCCUAGGCUUCUCUUCGGGCAACAGUCUAGCGUUCGGGCGCUAUGUCUUGUAUGCGUCAGGCUCGACAACUCCUGACGGUUGGGCUGCCCGGGGAAUUGCAGUCAUGUGGAUUACAUUCUCGGUCCUUCUCUACUCUAUCUUUCCGAAAUGA